AUGUCGCGACGCCGCGCCUUGUCGGUCUCAGGCGAUUGGCCUGUCAAACGCUCGUCUCACGACGGAUAUAUCAUCAUCCAAACAUCUCCGGGAGGUAGUGAUGAAGAUGUCGAAAGACAAAUUGGCCGGCCUUCACUUCGUCGAAGACAUACAGCGCCGUUUAGUCAAAAGGAACUGUCCCAGCCAGUGCCAACUCACCUUGACGCAACAAGUACUUGGUUCAAGAAUGACUUACGCCUUGUUUGCAAGAUCAAACAGACGCCGAACUCACUGCUCUCGCUAUUCGUUGCUACUUGUGCCCGUUGCGUUCCAAACUUUUUCUCUGUGAACAGGAACCUAUGUUUUGGCGACCCAGUAGUUCAGAUCGUGAAACUGAACUCAACAUGUCUCUUGUGCGAUAUCAUUCAUCAGGUAUACCGCUACCUAUUUGAAGAAAGGGUGUCGAACUUCGACGAAGUUGCAAUCCUGUACGAUCACAGGGACGAUUUCCUGCGGCUCAUGUUUUGGUAUAGUGAUCAAGAUGCACAAAUUAAGAACAUUGCUCAAGUACACCUGUACUCAAGAGACAUUCUGUCACCAGCCAUGCUAAGUAAAAUCCAAGGUUGGAUCGAUGUUUGCGUCAGAAACCAUGAAAAAUGCGGAAAUUCUAUCAUCGAUCAAGCAUUCGUUCCGAAACGUCUCAUACAUUUAGCUGAUAGCUGUCGUCUCAUCUCUCCCGAGUCACCAUGCGAACAACUUCCACAGAUUCUCCAGGACGCGAUAAUCAUGACAAAGCUCCUAGGAUUUCACUAUCUCUGGAUUGACUCAAUCUGCAUAGUACAGGAUGAUAAAGAAGACUGGGCAGCAGAAGCAGCAAAUAUGGCAGACAUCUAUUCAAAUGCACACGUUGUUAUAGCAGCUACAGGAUAUAGUAGCGCCACAGAGGGUUUCAUUCAACCUCGAAAGAAGGUCCAGGCUAUUAUUUCGCAUGUUGACCCGGAGCACUCGGUUACGGUCAAUGCUAGAGUUGUAAAUCACCACGGCCGUAAGGCGUUUGAAGUGGACCUGGUCAAUCAACCGUUGUCUACAAGAGGAUGGGCACUACAGGAGAGAAUCUUGGCUGUGCGGACUGUACACAUUUUACCGAACGAGAUUCUGUUCGAAUGUAAAUCGGGGUUGAUGUGCGAGUGUGGCCGCGCCAACAUUACAACACUCUACAAUCCAACUUGGGUUUGGCCUCCCAGAUUUGACAAACCAAAGUCAAAGCCAGAUUCAGACAUUGUCGUAUGGACAAGGCUUGUGGAGACAUUUAAGAAGCGGCAUUUGACCUACGUAAGCGAUACAUUGCCAGCUCUCUCAGGUCUGGCGCAACGCAUGCUUACGUUGAAUCCCGGGCAAUAUUUCGCCGGAAUAUGGGGACGAAGGUUCGAACAUCAACUGAGUUGGAGACCACAAUACUCACAGGAUGUUGCGACCGAGAUGCAAGAGGCGGACCUGUAUCUGCGUCAAAAGCCUACGUUCUCAUGGGCUACAUUUCCAGGUCCUAUUAAGUUCGGUGUUGGGAACACGCAGCCGAUUUGUACUUUGCUUGGGGGUCACGUCAUUCCAGUAGCAGCAGAUCUCUAUGGACAAGUCAAAGAAGCCUCAUUACGCAUAUGUGGUCGUAGUGUUCCAGGUGUGGAGAUGGUAGACAAGAUCAUGGGUGCCAAAAUUUCGGAUCUCAACAUGAAUUAUGACACCUUACACCAUAUUACUGUGUACCUCGACAGGUUCCGGAAUUUUCCCAUGUACGAAUUUCCUGAGACUCCCCAAAACACUUGGUAUGAGGGCUUGGAGGUUGCUUGGAGCUGGAACAAAGUAGUGUGUCUAGGUCUCGGUGUGGGUUUUAGGAACUGUACCACAAUGCUGUUAUUGCAUCCAUCACACAAUGAAGACAGCUUCAUGCGUGUCGGGCUUGUGACGGAGUUUCCUCGUAGAUGGUUCGAUGAGCUUGCAACUGAACGGAUCGUCACCAUAGUGUGAGGUAACUGUGUUUGCUCGAUACUUCAUAAUUUGACGAUCAAUGGCAGUUUCAUUAUCUCUGUAAAAUUCGACAUCCCCAUACAUUGGGGGUCAUCAACUGACCGCGUUUUGUCGGCUAUUCGUGUCUCCAUUGUGGUGCAAUCAUGAACCUAGUGGCAAAUGCUAG